UCAGCUGAUUGCUGAUUAAUGUUGACUGUUGAGCCUUGUAUAUUGUGUAUAUCCGUUUGUUAAUCUAUUGGUGGUGUUUUUUGCUUAACUUGUUAGACCUCUGUUAAUUUGUAUGAAUAACAUACUUCUUAUCGUUAUAGUAUUUUUUAAGAACUUUUCUGAUUGAACAUAAUGAAAAAAUCAGUUCCUCAAAGGAAUCACUCUCCACAAGUUCCACCCCAAGAAAUGCAAAGAUGCAGAUUAUGUUUGGAAAAGUGCUCAAACUCUAUUGAGAUUUUUAAAGAUGACUUCCCCAAGAUGAUAUAUAACCUUACUAGGCUAAAAGUAUGGCCUGAUGACAGAAUGCCAAACAUAUCAUGCAUCUCAUGCGCUCUGGAAGUUAAACAAGCAAUGCUUGUGCGUAAGAAAAUACUUAGAUCCUAUAAAGCCCUUCUUACAGAAAUAAAUCCUCAAUUAAAUAAAGAUAUGAAUUACAAAAUAAGUCAGGAAAAUCAAAGGCCUCCAUUGGAUACUUUAAGAUAUGGAUCGCCACCUCCUUUAGCACCUCUAACUGAAGAUUAUGAAGCUGCAGCAAAUGUAUCCAUACCUGAAGGCAGAUCUGAAAAUUAUAAUUAUCAACAAGGAAAACUUAAUUAUAUUCCAGAACAAGACAGUAAUUUUACCUUAUUUGAAGGUAGCACUGAUGGUAACUGUUUUGAGAUGAUCAGUAGAAUAGAGGAUGGUGAAUAUGAACAGAUUAUAAUAUCAGUCGAACCAGAACAGAAUAAUGAAGCGAUUUUUAAAGAAGACGAACAAAACAACGGUACCACUUAUGUUCAGCAAACCUACGAAGAGCAAAAGAGUUUUGAGAAAAAACGAAAGGUUGACUUAAGUUCAACUGUUCAGGAACAUUUUCCAGAGCAAACUGGUUCUGGGGUAAAAGUUAAAUUUAGAAAAAAACCCGAAGAUGUAGCGUGUUGCUAUUGCAAUAAAAUAUUUUUGAAAUACAAUUUGGAAAAACAUAUGAGAAAUUGUUCUCAUAUAAAAGACAUUAAACUUGAAUUGGAUUUAAUGGAAGUUCCAGAGGUUCCAUUACAGCCAAGAAAGAGCGGCAUGAAGGUGUUUAAUUGAAAUAUCAAAUUUGUGCAAAACAGAAAUAGAAUAAUGUGUUUAUUUAAUACCAUUUGUACCGUUUUUAUAUUAAAUGUUUUUGGAAUUAAAUUUUUUUUUAAUAAAAAUAAAUGACUAUAUUAAUUA